GAGAGAGAGAAAGAGAGACGCAGAAACAAACAGUGCACGUCUCCGUGGAUAGACGGAGCAGUGUGCGCAAAAGUUUGGGGUUUUUAAAUAUCUAUCUGGCAAGUGCGGCUUCGUGCACCACGCUCACAUUCACCGAACCAGACAUCAGGAAAACAGAGGUCAAAACGUAAUCCCGAGUUUUAUUCUGAUGUUUAGCUUCAGGUGCUGGCACGGCGUGGACCUGUUGCUUCAACUUUUGCAGGCAACUUUUGGAUAAACUCGCGCAGUUUUUCUUGCCAGAAGGUAGUACAGAGAGGGGAGUGUGUGUCUGUUGGAGGGGGAUCCAACAUGACCAGCAGUGAGAGGAUGAUGUGACCCUGUGUAGACUCCUAUGACCGCCUCUCUCUCUCUCUCAGACACACGUGAAGCGGCAGCGUCGAGUCCAGGAGGCUGAAGUCAACAUGAUUCUGUCCGGCGGUUUAUCGGAUACUUGUCAUCUCAUUUUACGUGACCGCACGGAGCCCAAGCUGUGGAAAUAGGACUUGGUCCAUGCUUUUUUGGUAUAGUUGCUGCAAACACGUUGUGGUAGAGUAAACACAGGCCACCGUGCACGGUUUGGAGACAGCUACGAUGCGGGGCACUUUGGGCGCAUUCAUUCAGUCCUGCCUCAUACUGUUGGUCCGAGCAGACCAGUGGAGGCUGAAGGACUCCGCCAGCUGCGAGCUGAACAGGAAACAAACUGACCUAAACUCCUUCCUGUGGAUGAUCAAACGGGACCCUCCUUCAUAUUUCUACGGUACAAUCCAUGUUCCCUACACACGUGUUUGGGACUUUAUCCCAGAAAAUUCCAAGCAGGCCUUCCAGGAGAGCAAUAUUGUCUACUUUGAGUUGGACCUAACAGACCCUUACACCAUCUCAGCUCUGACCAGCUGUCAGCUGCUUCCUCAAGGUGAGAACCUGCAGGACGUAUUACCCAGAGACAUUUACAGGAGGCUUAAAAGACACCUUGAGUAUGUAAAGCUCAUGAUGCCUUCUUGGAUGACCCCGGAUCAGAGAGGGAAGGGACUCUACGCAGACUACCUCUUCAAUGCCAUCGCUGGGAACUGGGAGAGGAAGCGACCCGUUUGGGUGAUGCUGAUGGUGAACUCGUUAACCGAGGCAGACAUUAAGACGAGAGGGGUGCCGGUGCUGGACCUGUAUCUGGCCCAAGAGGCGGAGAGGAUGAGGAAGAGAACAGGAGCUGUCGAGAAGGUGGAGGAACAGUGCCAUCCACUCAAUGGGCUCAACUUCUCCCAGGUGAUCUUUGCCCUGAACCAGACUUUAUUACAACAGGAGUCUUUAAGGGCAGGAAGCCUACAGGUCCCAUAUACCACUGAAGACCUCAUCAGGCACUACAACUGUGGAGAUCUCAACUCCAUUAUCUUCAAUCAUGACACAUCACAGGUCCCUAACUUCAAUAAUGUGACACUGCCACCCAAUGAGCAGGCCACUGCCCAGGAAAUAGACAGCUACUUCCGACAGGAACUCAUCUACAAGAGAAAUGAAAGGAUGGGCAAGAGGGUCAAGGCUCUGCUUGAGGAACACCCAGACAAGAGCUUCUUUUUUGCUUUUGGAGCAGGUCACUUUCUGGGUAACAACACAGUUAUUGAUGUGCUUCGUCGCCAGGGAUAUGAGGUGGAGCACACACCUGCUGGGCAACCCAUAAACCGGCGAUCAUCAUCUGGACCCGUCUCACCAGAGCUGGAGGACCAUUACGAUGAGUCGCCUCAGCUGGAACCUUUCUUGCACGAGCUUCCUCACAAAGAGGAGGGUCAGGGGCAUACUCUGGAGGAGGAUCUGUUACCCCACAUGCUUCUGCCACCAGAUAGCCUGGAGGUUCUGGAGAAAUCUGAGAGAAAAAUGCUAAAGAAAAAGAGGAGGAAUAAGCAGAAGAAACAGCGGCACAGGCAUUUUAAUGACCUCUGGGUUCGGAUAGAGGAGAGCUCUGUGGUGCAGUCCCCGCCUCCCCCAAUGGUUCGCAUCAUCAAUGGUUACAUCACAGUGCAGCCGCCUGACAGAAUCCAAAGCCAGUACAACUAUCAUCGUGUUCCUUCAGCAGCACCAGUGCCUUCGAUCUUCUCGUUGUCUUUACUGAGCUUUCACCUCACACUACCUAUAGUGAUCUCACAGAUAUGGACUGUGGCCCUCUAGUAAAAUGGUUAUAAGGACUCUAAAUAAAACUGGUACACGUACGCGGUUUCAAAUAUACUGCUCUUAAAAAAAAGUCUGGUCUAGCUGUUCACUCCAUGGAUGUUUGGGCACAGAAAGUUUGCUACGUUGGAAGUGAACUGGAAAGGCGUGGCAGUAGGGCUCAUCUCUUUACAGAUUGGGCUUUGAUGUGCAUGCGAGUUCAUAUAACUUGAAACAUAAAGGUCUGAGUUUCACUUAAUUUACACAGAGUGAGCACAGAGUAUGCAGUAGGGAGAACAAGAAGCUCAAACUGAGGUAGUGUUAUCACUAAUUACACAACUCAUCAGUGCCUUAUGGGUUACACAGUUAUAGUAGACAGCUAUUAGUUGCUCUGAAAAUUUGAGAAAUCACUUAAGUAAUUUUUCAGCUUAAAUAUUUUCUCCAACAGCAACUGGGACCACAUGUCCUUUGAGUAUCUCUGUGAGAGUACGUGGGCGUGGGACAAACAACGUCUAUCGGCUCUUAAACCCACUGGGCUUCCAAACACAAGUGCUCAGACUUUAAUUUAUUCUUCUAUUUUAGAAGAAUCUGAUUUGAUUACAUAAAAACCUGCUGCGGGGAGAAAAUUGUACAUACGCCUUUUGAAUAUUAUAGAAGUAUUUUAGAAUUAUUAAAAAAAUUAAGAUUAUCAGAAGCAUUGUUGUUUAUAUGGAAAAGUAUAAAUAGAUAUGCAGUAUAUUUUCGAAACAAAAUCAGGAACUAACCACCAUAGCCCCAUGUCAUGUGUCUCACUGAAAUUACAUUUUUGAAAGGGACAGGUGAUUGUAUUGUACUUUAUUAGUGUUAUCGACUGCUUUGAUGUAUAUGUUUGCUGAAAGAAUUUAUGUGGAUGUGUCUGGGCGUGUGUGCGCGCGUGUGUUUUACAUAGCAUUCAUUCAUUUUUUAUUUAUUUAAAACUGUAGUGUUGCUGUUAGCCAUGUGAAACAUUCCCUGUGGCUUUUGUUUUUAUAUAUUUCAUCUCACCAUGAUGCCAAAAUGACUUGUUUUUCAAAUGUUCUUUCAGUGUAAUUUCAAAUGCAUAUCAUGGCAAUAAUAAUUAAACUGACUACAUGAGCAGACCGCGUAGUGCUUUACGACCUUCACAUUUCAUUUAUGGCACGAGAUAGCAACAAUAAAAUAUUUAUCUGGAUGUAAAAUUGGUCUUCGAUGCUCGUUCUUCGCUGUGAAGCAAAUCAGUGGAAAGUCAGGGGAGAGAAAUUUUUACAGCAAAAUAACCAGUGUUAUAUUAAGUAUAGAUCAAAUUAUUUUAUGUACCUUAAAGGUGUUACUCAUCACAACGAACAAACGAACAGCUUCCCAACACUUAAAACUUUUUGGAUUCCUUCAAAAAUCUUUUUAUUUAAUGGUCAACAGGUUUACGCUCCAGUCCCAUUAUCAUGUGUACAGUGAGGCAAAAAAGUAUUUAGUCAGCCACCGAUUGUGCAAGUUCCCCCACUUAAAAUGAUGACAGAGGUCAGUAAUUUGCACCAGAGG